CAACAGUUCCCAACAACACUGCGAUCCACAGCUAUCUUCACACCUCUUUAACGCUUCGAUAAUCAUUUAUUAUCUCUUCCACACUCCGCGCCUCAGAACAGCUUCAACAAUGGCAUUCAUCCUCACCCCCCGAUUCGCACCAGUCUACCAGCAACAGUGCAGCAACCCCUGGUCCUGCGCUCCGGCCCGGCCCCAAUACUCGUAUCGCCGCGUCGUUCGCCCCGCUGUGCCAUCCUUUGUUCCUUUCCUCAGCCAAGUCGACGAGCUACUAAGCGCGUUGGACCAAGAGGCUCAGCGCGAAGCUCUACGUGAAGCCCACCGUCAGAGGCAACAACGCAAGCGCAUCUUCCGCGCCCACUUCAAUGUCCACGAGAACGAAGAGGGGUAUCAAGUCGAUGGCGAAGUCCCCGGCUUCGAACAGAGCAACAUCGAGAUCGAAGUCACCGAUGCGCACACGUUGAGGGUAGCUGGUAACACGGCGAACAAGUCAGAAACGCAGCCUCAGUCCGAGUCGCACCCCACUGCGGAACCCAAGGCGAUCGAGCCCGAAACCGCAGAAUCUACCGAGACCGCUCAGGACGAUACUAUGGAGGGCGUGACGCUGAACGAACACGAGUCUCACUCCGAUACUGAAUCACACAAGUCAUACCAGGCUACCGUGGAAGAUGACUUUGAAGACCUUGGUGCUGAGACCUCCUCCACGAUCUCUUCUAGAUCAAACACUCCAUCUGAGCCCAAAGAACCCAAGGGCAAGGAGAAGGCUGUUGAUGACUCCGCCGCAACAGAGACCGCAGUACAGCCCCAACCACAGCCCGAAACCGAAGAAUACCAAUUUCACGGAUCAUUCGAGCGCACGUUCCGCUUUCCAGAACGGAUAGAUGCGGCGACCGUCAAGGCUAGUCUUAAGAACGGGCUACUCAGCAUCACAGUGCCCAAGGCUAAGGCGCCCGAAGUCAGGAGGAUCUUGAUUCAAUAG